GACAGGAGCAAACCUCAACAUCUACCUGAUUCUGAAGCUUCAAUCAUCAUGUUCAAUCAAAUUGUCUUCCUUGUGGCUCUAUUAGGCCUGGCUCAAGCUGGGUUACUUCCCGAAAAGUCGUCCGGAAGCGACGCCACCUUUGAUCCCCAUCCGCACUACUCCUUCAACUACGACGUUCAGGAUGCAGAGACCGGAGAUGUAAAGUCCCAAUCGGAGUCCCGGGAUGGAGACGUGGUCCAAGGACACUACUCCGUCAAUGAUGCCGACGGAUACAGACGCACUGUGGAAUACACCGCCGACGAUGUCCGUGGUUUCAAUGCGGUGGUGCGCCGAGAGCCACUUUCGAGCGCCGCGGUGGUACUGAAGCCAAAGGCUCCGGCUGUGGCCCCCAAAGUUCAGUAUCAGCCUCUGAAGAAGUUACCACCUCUGAAGCCUCUUUCCCAGGCCUCGGCCGUAGUGCAUCGAUCGUAUGCCCCAGUGAUCCACCAUGCGCCGGUGACCCACGUGGUGCACCACUCAGCUCCUGCUCAUUCAUACGUUUCCCACGUGCCCCUGCUGAAGACCUCCCUGCACCAUGCCCACCACCCCCAUGCCAUUUCCUAUGUGUUCUAGGUUGGGUACUCGAUUACGUU